AUGUAGACAGCUAUUAAACCAGUUACAGAAACCCCCCAAAUGAGUGACAACACAAAAAAUAAUAAAACCCUAAAAUUUCAACUACCCAUCUUACAUAGCCAGUACAGAUUUUGGUGUGAAGCCAGACUUGGUAUAUUACAAUGCCUCCUUACUUUAAAUUGUAUUAUCCUCACUUUGCAAUAAUGAUUCUCAAAUUUCAUGGCACUUUCACUGAUUCAAAUUCUCAAGAUAAGAAACUGAAUAUCUGAUGUUUUGAUAUUUACUCUGUGACUCAAAAAUCCCUUUUCUGAUAUUUUUCAGGUGGAGCCAAAAGAAAAUUAUGUUCCAAAGCCAUUACGAAGAAGAUCACUCAGAGGCACUGAUGAAGAAAGAAAGCCUGCGGAAGAAAAUGGUGAAAAUAAAGAUGACAAAAAAGAAAAGCCAAUUAAGAAAAGAAAAUGGGGAUCAUCAAGUAAAACUACACAGAAAAAAGCUACAAGUUUAGAAAUUUCAACUGAAUCUCUAAAGGGAUUAAUCUGUGAUGUGAACCCAAUUUUAACUGAACCAGUAUUAGAUUUAGGGGGAGAUAAUGAGGUCCUUUCUGAUAAAGAAGAAGAUAAAAGAGAUAUAAAAAUAAGAAGAACUGUUGUACAGGUAUCAUUGGGUGAAGGACGUACUGUAGAGGAGAAAACAGAAGAAAAGGAAGAGAAAAAAAUUAAAGCUGAAGAAUCUGAUGAAGGAGAAAUUAAAGACAUCCAACCACCUAAAGAAACUAAAGUUAUUAGAAGAUUAAACCAUCAAGUGAUACAAGAACCAGAAGAACCUAAAGCUGCUAGACGUUCACCAUCACCACCUAGAAACCCUAUAUCCAAUAUAGUACAUAUCUAUAACCUAGUCAGACCAUUUACAUUAGGACAGUUAAAAGAAUUAUUAAAACGUAAUGGUGAGAUGGAAGAUAAUGGAUUCUGGAUAAACAACAUCAAAUCUCACUGUAUUGCUGUGUAUAAGGAAAAGGAAAGUGCUGAAGAAGCUCGAAAAACAUUACAUGGUACAAGAUGGCCACCUUCAAACCCCAAAGUUCUUCAGGUGGAUUUCUCAACUAAACAAGAGUUUGAGCAAUAUAGAGAUAGUAAUGAAACAACUGAUGUUCUAAGGCCUACACCACCACAACCCACACGAGAAAGAGAACGAGUUACAGAGAGAGAAAGAGACCGAGAAAAGGAUCGAUUACAUGUUAAUGAUAGAGAAAGACCUGGUGAUACAGAUAGAGAUUCUAGCCAUGCCAAAAAGAAGGAUGCAAAGCCACCUAUUAGAGAAUGGGAUCGUGAUAAGGUUAGAAAUAGAUCUCGAUCUAGAGAGAGAGUAAGGGGUCGUGAAAAAGACCGUGCAGGGAGACACAGGUCGAAGUCAGCUGAAAGAGAAAGGAGGAAGAGAAGUAAAGAGGGCAAAGAAAAGAAAGAGAAGAAAGUAGAAGAUGAACCACCAGCUAAAUUAUUAGAUGACUUAUUUAAAAAGACGAAAUCUACACCUUGUAUUUAUUGGUUACCUUUAACAGAAGAACAGUAUGAACAAAGAGUAGAAGCUCGAAAAGCUAGACAACUUGAAAGGGAGAAAAGACGAUUAGAAAUGGAAAAACAAGAAGAAUUACAGAGAAAACAGCGGUUAGCUAGUGGAGAUUCUGAGAAAAAGAAAGACAAGGAUAGGCCAUCAUCACCAAUAAAUAGGUCUCGCGGAAGGCGAAGUCAAAGCCCAAGAGGAAAACAAAAAAGACCUAGUCCAAAUCGUUCCCGUCCCAACCGAGGUCGACAUUCUCGGAGUAAAAGUAGGGGUAGAUGGUAAAAAAAUAUAUCACCUAAAAAUAUGUAGAUAUAAUUCAUUAGUAAUGAUUGUUAUUUUAAUAUGGGCAUUGGUUAAUAUUUACUUUCAUAAGACUUGUCAUGAUUAACCAACUUGUAAAUGAUUUUGUAGUAUUUAAUGGUCUUUUUAUUCAUUAAGAUAAAUGUCAAUCUGUUAAAAUCUUCAAACAAUCAGUUUUGUUAUUUCAUAUUUUGGUCUGGAUUUCUAGGAGCUAUUACAUUACAUUAUUAUUACAGAAUAUUAUGAUUUUUAGGGUUUCAAGGACAAGUAUUAUUUGCCCCUAAAAAUUAGAUUAUACAAUAAUGAUACAAAAAGAGAUUUGAAUGAAUUUGCCGAGUUCUGUUUAAAUCAAUAGUGAAAAAAAUCCCAAAGAACUUCAUGAGAUCUUACCUCCCUGGAUGUCUGUAAUAGCAAAUUGUUUUAACUAUUAAAUCAUAUUGAAUUAUUUUGGACUAGGUAAUAGUCUACAAUGUUUACAGCUAAAUGUUUUAAUAGGACUACCAUUUCAUUGGGGCUUUUGUUUAAGAAGUGAAAUGAUGUCAUUUGUUUUUGUUGAUAUAUUUUUGUGUACUAAAUGUUUGGUUUUAUAUAAUUUUAUUGUAAAAUAAAUUUAUCCUAGACUGUGU